UGCCCAGUCGAACACAUGGAGAGAUGGUCGGGGCUGCCUAUAGCAACAAAGGAUGGAGAGUUGUCGGCCGUAGAGGGAAAAACAAUGGCGACUAUUAUCCCACGCGUGCCGAUUCGUCUGCUCCACUCCUCUCUGUCUGUAGUUCGUCAGUUUACCUUUAAAGAAUGCACACAUUUCUACGCUCAAAAAUGUUUGAAACGAACCUUAUUUAGUGGUGACAUCCUUGGCAUCGAAAAUUUCAAGCGUUUUCGACUGUUUGAAAAAGACAACAUUGGUCAAGAGAUGGAAAACUUUGUACAGAAACUUACUUUUGCAAAAGAUGAUCCAACUGUAUCCACAACACUUAUUCCGGAUGUAAUGAAGCUUAUUUAUCUAGCCACAACAAAGAGUGAAGUAUCAUUAAUAGUAGACUUACUGCACAAGUGUUAUGGGCAGAGGGAUACAGAUGAAGAGGUUGCAGAUGGAGGUAACAAAAUAGUGCCUGGUCAAUCACAUUCCAGACAUUUCCAGUUGGGGCCUCUGUUUAUGCGUCUUUUGCAUAUCCUCAAAAAUACUGAAACAGCAUUAGCUGUUUGGCAAGAUCAGAAACUGAAGAAUGUAUUCUCCAAAACUACGUGUUGUCUGGUGCUUAUGGACCUACUUUACAAUGAAGGUCAGUAUCAGGCUGUGAUCAAAACCUUCUGCCAGAUGCAAGAAGCUAAAGUUUCACCAGUCCAGUAUCCCCCAGACUGCACAACACUGGCUUUGGCAGCCUUAUACCAGAUGAACUCAAAAGAAGCUCUUGUGGAAGCAAAGCAGUAUAUAGAACAAAGCAGAAAAGAAAGAUCUUUACUGUCAAGAAGAAGCAUGCUGUUUGCUGCGGGACUGGCUUUAAAUCAGGGUGAUCCAGUGUAUGCGCUGGACAUUGCAAACCAUCUCUGUAACGAUUCGAAUAAAGAAUCUAUUUUCAGGAAUGUCAAGGUUAUUGCCUUUGCACAACUUGGGCAGAUGAAAGAUGCUCUUGACUUAAUGGAAGGAGGACUGUGGGUUGAUGUUCCUACACAAUCACGCGUUGGCACCAUCUUCUCAAACACUGUUGAAACUGUCGCUGCAAAAGUACGCGAAAGUGGCAAUCAAGAUCUGGCACACAGAUAUAUGCACAUCCAAAAUUUACUCAAUAGAGAAGGCUUGUUAAGCCCACAGACAUUGAAUCAUUUUGUAGAAAGGCCCAUACUGAGACAAAGAAAGCAAAUAUCUCAGAGUUUUAAAAGCCGGCCAAAGUCACUUGUUCCAACUCAAAAGUAUCUCAAAACAUGAUUUGUUUUUCAUCAUGAAAAAUCUUACUUUUACUCGAUCUUUUUAAAGUGUUUGCUUCCUUAAAACUUUUUUGUUUAAUUGCAUGCUUGAAAAUAUAAUUGAAUAAAUUGUACAAAACUCAAGUUUCAUUCAUUUCCUUUUAUCCAAAAUGUUCUCAUUUUAUUUCAUUUUAACUCUUUCACAGUAUCACACCCAUCAGUCAAAUGAAUAGUGAAAAAUGCCUUUGAUCAAAUGAGUUUGCACCCUGAUAACUAAGCUGUUUGCACCCUGAUAACUAAGCUGCAAUCAGCAAGAAUUAGAAUACAGUAUGGACACAUGCCAGUAAUUCAAAGGUGGUCAGUGCCUCUCUGAAUAUUUGUUGC